ACGACGUCACCGGUGCAAUAAUGAACGCCUCUUCAGUACUGUACUCUACACCUUGUUGCAUUGACACCCUCUCUGGAAAGCUCGACAAAGAAAGAGGUUGUAGCAGCGUCGUUGCUCUUGAAUGUCCUAGAGCUCGGUUCUGAUAGCAAGACGAUCAUGUCCUUCCCUUACCUCGCCAGAUCGACACUCAAGUACAAGUCACCUCAUGCGACAGAUCUGUCUUUCGCCAAAGGAGAGACGAUCCGAGUGACUGGACCUUCCCCAGAUGAUGAAGAUUGGCUAGUAGGCGAGUCUUUAGACGGUUCAAAAACGGGAGGUUUCCCAAAGGACUUUGUCCAGCCAGUUGACGAGAAAGGCCAAGGUGAAUCAGCGGCUUCUGAGCCUACCGCCGUCCCGGCUCCCGGGGCUAUUCCAGAACCUCAAACACCAGCAGAGGAGAAAGAGCCUGCGGAACAAUCCUCUAUCCCUCGAGAUGCCUCGCCACCACCAUCCCCGAAACCACAACCUGCUGAACUUCCACCCUCUUCUACCGCUUCUCCAGCUCCAGCUGCUCCCCCUGCACCCAUGUCACCCCCCGCGCAGAGUCCGGCACCUGCCGCCGGGCCGGCUUCUCCUGCCAAAGAAGUCGACCCUGCCAACAUGUCCAUGAAAGAACGUCUGGCAUUCUUCGCAGCGGCUCAAAACAAGCCUGCGCCUCCACCUAUCAAGCCCAAACCUGCCGCUCAGGGUGGUCUCACCUGGAGCCAAAGGCAAAAAUUGAGGCAGGAACAGGAGGCAAAAGAGAAAGCGGAGGGUGGAACAAGCGACUCUGCAGCUGCCACACCUUCUGGAGCUGAAUCUACGUCGGAACCGACCGCGCCAGCUGCUACCUCCCCACCUCCCGCCUCACCUGGAGUGGCAGACCGUGGAGCCAUGUCUUCCGCCGAUGCGGCGUCUUCCAUCGGUGCCGCUGGAUCUCUGAAAGAACGCAUGGCAGCGUUGCGGAACGCAGGUGCCUUUAGACAACAGCAAGAGGAGAAGCCCGCCGCUCCAAAGCCGUCUGGAAAGGUCUGGUCCAGACCUGCAGCUCCACCUCAACCGGAAGGAGAAGAUGAUGAAGCUGGAGAACAAAGUGGCAGCCCCACCAUCGAGAGAGUCCAGUCACCUCUAUCCGAUCAGCCUGAUGCACUGGACCGAGGUGAAGAACACGCAACUGAGGCAGCAGAGGAGGAAGAAGACGAAGAAGCCAAGGAGAAGGCAAGGAAAGCCGCUAUAGCCGCUAGGAUGGCCAAGAUUGGCGCAAGGGGUCCCAUGGGAAUCGCAUUACCGCCUAAACCUGUUCCGGCGAGGAAACCAACUCGAGACUCCGUCCCCUCCGAGCCGACCUCUCCGGUGGUUGAGAAGACUACCGAGAUUAGAUCGGAUGACGUGGCCGGCGAGCCAGAUAGUGCGAAAGAUGAGGCUGCGAUCGCCACGAGUCCUGGUGCUUCCAGCGCCACCCCCACUUCUGUACCGAUCGCUGCGGUUCCAAGGCGAGCGGCUCCACCUCGUCGUCGCGGAGGCGCGCCAGCCACUGCUGCCAAAACGAUACCAGCUGCUGGCAACGAGGACCAACGGGUUGAGAAGGUCCAUGAUGAUGGUACCAUCUCUCCUCCGCCUCAAGUCAUGGUUGCGGGUGAAGAGAAUCCAAUGGAGAAGACAGAGGAGCAGAUGGAGCAUGAACGCAAAGCGGAAGAGAUCGGUGCUGGAGCUGCGGGUGCAGCCGGCGCGGCAGCAGCUGGAAUCGCCCUGGCAGAGCAUGAGACGUCUCAAGAGCAACACGAAGAAGAGGACUUAGAUCCUGCAUCUGGAUCGGUACUCCAGCCCAUCGGGAUGGUUCCGUUGCAUUCACCAGCAGAGUCUGGUCCACAUCACGAGGGAGGAGAUGACGAUGAGGAAGACGACGAAGAGGCUCCGCCGCCUCCACCACCUCGCAUGACUGGACUUCCGAAAGACGAGGUCGAAUUGAAGCACGAUCAGGAUGCGCAGGAUGCUGAGGAAUGGGGCCAAGAGGAAGAAGAGGAGGAAGAUGAUGUACCGCCUCCAGUCCCCGCUGGAAGGCCUGUGGGAGGACAUGAACGCUCGAGGACGAUGUCGAGUGAUGCUAUACCUCCUCCGCCGCCGCAGUCUCAACGACAAGCAGAGCCAGAGCAAGUUGAUGAUGGCGAGGUGCAAGAUCAGGCGGAGGAGGAGGAGGAUGUUCCACCGCCGCCACCUAGCCGACCUAGUGUCCCUCGGGUCCCGACUGCUAGUAUGUCCCCUGGUCUCCCACCGGCAACUUCCCAAGAGGCCACAUCACCUACCGUGCCUCGCCGAGACCCAAUUGCAGAAGGCGACGAAGCAAACGCAGAUACGGAAGAGGACGAAGAGAAGUCUCGUAGGUCCGGGAUCGCCGCUCGAAUGGCCAAACUUGGAGGAGUCAAGUUUGGAGCACCACCUCCAUUGCGAAAGCAAUCUUCGAUCUCUUCGCCUAAAUCCGAGCAGGGUCCCGCAUCGCCAUUGACCGGUGGGCAAGAAAAUGUCGUUGAAGAGCCGGUCGCGGCUCCUGCAGAAGAUGACGAUUCGCCCGAAGCUGAAGCAGCGAGAAAACGGGCCAUCCUCGCUCGACUCCGAGGUCAGGGUACGCUGGGCUUUGGCAUGUUCCACCACGGUCAAGGACAGGAGUCUGCCGCAGAGCCAGAGGCAAAGACGGAGGAUCCAAGAGGAUUGCAGGAUGAGCCCGAGGAAGAAGAAGAAGGCGCAGCUCCUCCACCUGUUCCAUCCGGUCGACCUGGAGGGACCCUUCAGAUGAAAGACGCUGACAAGGGAGUGGAAGAAGACGACGACGUGCCACCCCCUCCACCGCCUCUGGGACGUCCGUCUCGUCAGGCGACUCGUGAUCUUCCUCCUCCACCCGAGGAAGAAGACGAAGGGGCUUCUCGUCCCCGACAGGUGGUCCGGUCUCCUUCUGUGGAAGUACCCCCCUCUCCAGCUCGGUCCAACUCGUCGCGACCGCCUGUUCCAGUCGGUGUCGACAGACGAGCGAGUCAGAGGUCAUCUACAGGCUACAAUUCGCCUUUACCUCCUGUCCCAUCGGAGACAUCCCAUGUCAGAGGUCAAUCAGGAGACCUCGCCAAUGAGCCUGCAAUCAUGAUGAUGAAUCAAGGCUCGCCAGCGUCGACUCCAGGUGUGCCUCCUGGAACGCCUCCACCUACCGGACCUAGACCUGGAUUCUCACCCGCUGCGAGACAACAGUCACGAUCCUCCACUGCCGAAGUACCUCCGUCACCCGUAUCGUCCCGCUCAUUCCGGAUGUCUCAGGCCGAUCAACGUGGAUCGACAGAUACCUCUGGACGACCUGGUUUCGACCAGCUCCAAGCUGCAAGUAGGGACACCGGGGCGAGAUUGGCAAAGAGCGCCGAGGGAGUGUUCAAACAGGGUAAAAAGGGGUACUAUGGAGACGGUAGCCCUGCUGGAUUCAUUGGCGUGGCUAUGGAUGGAGCGCAGAUUCCACGAGGACAGAACUGGGGUCAGGUAGUGUACGAGCAAGAGGCGGGUUCAAUCCUCAAGCGAUACGAUGAGCCGCGAGCUGGAGAUAUCGCUGCUUUCCACGAUGCCCGAUUCAAAGGACGUAAGGGUUUGUCAUCGUAUGAACAACACGUCGGAUCGGUCGAAGAUCCUUUACUCGGUAUCGUCGUGGACUUUGAUCAGAAAGGGAAACACAAGGUCAAGGUGUUGCAAGUGGAGCGCGGGGUCCCCGGGGAAGUCAGUUAUCGAUGUGAUGAUCUCAAGAGCGGUCGGAUGAAGGUCUAUCGAGUGGGCUUGUAAGGGGAUACGGAGUUGAUUGGAUCUCACGUUUAAACUAUAUUGUCACGCCAUGCUGUGGACUGAUGUACCAUAAGGUGGGAUGUGAGGUUGAAUGCAUUUAAUGGCGAU